GCCCUUAUAAGAUCUCUCUUCUCCCUCGAGGGCGGCUCCCCAGGUCACCCUCUUUCCCUCUCCACACCUCCACCGGCGGCGGCCAGCUUGAGCUCGACGAACCGCGGCAUCUGCGGCGGCGGCGGCGGCCAUGGUGCACGUCAACUUCUACCGCAACUAUGGGAAGACUUUCAAGAAGCCGAGGCGUCCAUAUGAGAAGGAGCGACUUGAUGCUGAGCUGAAGCUGGUUGGGGAGUACGGUCUGCGGUGCAAGCGUGAGCUGUGGCGCGUGCAGUACGCCCUAAGCCGUAUCCGGAAUGCUGCAAGGGAGCUGCUUACCCUGGAUGAGAAGAGCCCUCGCCGUAUUUUUGAGGGUGAAGCGCUACUCCGCCGCAUGAACCGAUAUGGUCUCCUUGCUGAGGACCAGAACAAGCUCGAUUACGUGCUUGCGCUCACUGUUGAGAACUUCCUUCAGCGCCGUCUCCAGACCAUUGUCUUCAAGAAUGGCAUGGCCAAGUCAAUCCAUCAUGCCCGUGUCCUUAUCAGGCAGCGACACAUCAGGGUCGGAAGGCAGCUCGUCAACAUUCCUUCUUUCAUGGUGAGGGUUGCCACCGAGAAGCACAUCGACUUCUCACUCACCAGCCCCCUGGGUGGUGGCCCUGCUGGAAGGGUGAAACGGAAGAACCAGAAGAAGGCCUCUGGCGGCGGCGGUGGUGAUGGAGACGAGGAGGAAGAGUAGGAGCUCAGCAUUGCAAUACAUACCUUUGUUGGAGAAAUUGUCGAAACUUAAUUUGAGACGGCCUUGUAUGACUUCCGCAACAGGAAAUUGAUGAAACUUGGAUUUGAGCUUAGAAACUUGGUGACUUCUGGGUUUUAUAGUUUGAAACGGACCAUGUGCAUAUCUUUGAAUAUCAAAUCAGAACAAGGUUGAGAUAA